AUGGCUGCUGGCCCUCCCGUAGGUCAACCCUGGCUCGCCAACGUCGGUAACAACCCCAACAUCAACCGCGAACCACCUCCUCCUCCCUAUAACGCAGGUCCUGCACCUCCAGCUCAUCAACCCGGCGCACCCGCAGGAGGUGCCCAAGUCGUUGUAGAACAGCAACACGCCCCUAUCUACGGCCCUCCCCUCGGCAUUGGUAUCGGCGGACCAGCAUACGGCAUCCCUCCACCAUUCGGUGGUGUCGGUAUAGGUGCGUUUCCACCCGUCUUCCCACCUGUCGGCGUCAUGGACCCCUUUAUGAUGGGCGGAUACAUGGGACCUGCUGGCGGUCCACUUGCUCCUAUUCGCGCGGGCAACUUUCUUCCAGGCGCUCAUCACGGUAUAGGCUUUGGUCUGCACGCGGGCGGUGUACCGUUCCCGCCGCCUCCUCCAGGCGCUAUCGCCGGCGUCGUGCCUCCUUUCGCUCCCGCAGCGCCGCUGUGGGCGGGAGGCGGUCUCGCUUUCGGUAACGUACCUGCCAUGGGUGGGGUUGUUGGUGGAGUCAUGCCUGGUAUGAUGAUGGGCGGCGGUAUGAUGCCUGGCAUGGUGGCUCCUGGUAUGGCAGGCGCCCAGCACUUCCGUCCCGCGCCCAUGUUCCAUGACGGAAAUCACGGACACCCAAACCAGCCUGCGCAGCAAGAUGUCGGCCAGAUCGCUGGCGGCAUCCCCCCGGGAGUCAUGCUCGUCGAGUCGGCCGAACACACCAUCUUCUACCGCAUCACAGGCAAUCUCUGCCCUUGGCUUUCUCCUGGCUCGCAACUGCCUCUGGAACCGCUCGCUGCGGCUAGUACUACCGGUCUCAACCGCCUCAUCCAGGUUUGCAACGGUGGUACUCCUGAAGAUGAGUUGGAGCAUUGCGCAGUCACGGAGUGUAUUGAGUUGGGUAACGGUUUGUGGGAGAAGGGUCAAACGUUCAAGUACAACGACGCGGUUUCUAGGGUCUUGACGAUGAAGGAUGCUGGUUGGGACAAUACGAGGAACAGGGGGAACGGUAACAGCCUUCAUCUUUGGGGCCACCGUCUCUAG